CUAUAUAUAUAUAUAUAUUUUCUCUUUUGUAUAUACACAAUGGACUCUGUUGACAAAAGAGAGAUUGAACAUAGUGAAAAAAGGGAUCAUGACCAUCCUGAUGCUUCUGAAGAAUACGAUCCUUAUGAGGUUCAAAACCUUCACCGUCAAUUAAAAAAUCGUCAUAUUGCAAUGAUUUCUAUAGGUGGUGUUAUUGGUACUGGUCUUUUCCUUGGUACUGCUAAAUCACUUGCAAAUGGUGGUCCAGCUGGUUUACUUCUUGGUUUUAUUACAAUGGGUACAAUCGUAUUUGCUGUAAUGAAUUGUCUUGGUGAAAUGGUAGCCUAUUUGCCUAUCCCUGGUGGUCAUAUCAAAUUGGCUGAACGUUUUGUUAGUCCUGCUUUUAGUUUUGCUAUGGGUUGGAAUUAUUGGUAUAACUGGACGAUCGUACUUCCUACUGAAUUAUCUGCUGCUGCUGUUUUGGUUAACUAUUGGAUUGGUCCUGAACGUGUUAGUAAUGCUGUAUGGAUUAUUAUCUUCUUGAUUAUUGUCGUAGUCAUCAACUUUUUUGGUGCAAGAGCUUAUGGUGAAGCAGAAUUCUGGUUUGCAAGUAUCAAAAUUUUAACUAUCAUGGGUUUGAUUAUUCUUGGUAUCAUUAUUGACGCUGGUGGUGCUCCUCCUAAUCAUGAAGUCAUUGGUGUUCGUUAUUGGCAAGAUCCUGGACCAUGGGUUCAAUAUGAAGGUAUUCCUGGUGCUUUUGGUAGAUUUUUGGGUUACUUCUCUGUCUUAUUGAAUGCUGCCUUUUCUUUUAUUGGUACUGAAAUCGUUGCUAUUGCUGCUGGUGAAACAAGUAAUCCUCGACGAAAUAUUCCUAAAGCUAUCAAUAAGGUUUAUAUCCGUAUUGUUCUCUUUUAUGUUCUUGGUACUUUCAUCAUUGGUCUUCUUGUUCCUUCCAACGAUCCCAAAUUACUCGGUUCCAGUAGUAAUGCUAACACUUCACCUUUUGUCAUUGCCAUCAACAAUGCAAACAUUCAAGCUUUACCUCAUAUCAUCAACGCUUGUUUAUUAUCAUCUGCAUGGUCUGCUGCAUCCUCUGAUCUUUACACUUCUUCUCGUGCUUUGUAUGGUUUGGCUAUUGCUGGUAAUGCUCCCAAGAUCUUUGCUCGUGUUAGUAAGAAGCGAGGUCUUCCUUAUGUGUCCUUGGUUUUCUGUGCUAUGUUCUCUUUAUUAGCAUUCAUGGGUAUUUCAUCAGGAUCUAGUACUGUAUUUGGUUGGUUCCAAGGCAUGACAUCUAUGUGUGGUUUGAUUACGUGGACUUGUAUUGGUAUCACUUAUCUUCGAUUCUAUUAUGGUAUGAAAGCACAAGGUAUUGAUCGCAACACUUUACCGUUUAAGAGUCCUUUACAACCUUUCUUUGGUUACUAUGUGGUGAUUACAACAACUUUCAUCAACUUGUUUUCUGGAUGGUCAGUAUUUUUGGAAGGACAUUGGGAUACAGCCACUUUUGUUACCAAUUAUUUGCCUUUACCUGUGGCCAUCAUCUUGUUUGUAGGUGCUACUAUCCUACGAAAAUCCAAAUUUGUACGUGCAUCUGAAAUGGACUUCCAUACUGGUAUCUCUGAAAUUGAACAAGAAGCUUUGCAUGAAGAAAAACCUACAACUUUGAUGGGCAAAUUCUUUGAUGCUCUUUAAAUUUUUUUUUAUUUAUUUAUUCCUACCUUUUUUUUUUUUUUUUUUUU